AGGUCGAUUCAUUAUUGCUCAACAGGUUUGAUGUCACGUAACAUAAUGCUGUGGUUGUUUCGUUUUCCCGACCGAAUCUGAUUGUGAAAGUUGUCCUGUACAAGUCCAAUGUCAUCUUUGAGGCCAAGGACAACGCAAGCUCCUCCACAUCAAAUCACAUCCUCCGUUUCCAACCGCCCAAGCUUCUUGCACAGUAAUGGAUCUAUACAUUAAAAAAAUGGAAAACCUAACAAGAAGUGCUGCCCAGUUCAUUUGUGUGUCUGUUGAACUAAUUUGGAUGGCUGUUGAGAAAAAAAUACUCUCCAAAACCAAAGGAGACACCUACACAAAAGAGAUUCUUCACACAAUUUUCUUUUUGUCAUAUAUUAAUCAGCCUUCCAUCAAACCAGAAGAAAUCUUGACAGGAAAACGACUGACAUAUUUGUUUUCUUUGUACCCCGAUGCAUUUGAUCGAUACAAAACAUAUCUACCAACACGUCCACCUUACUCAAUACUACUCGAAAUUGUUGUGAAAUGCCAAGGAAGCGGAGAUGCAAACAAAAUUCUGAAUUUCCUAUGGAUGCUAAAUGAGAAAAUGUUGGCCCCACGGACUCACUGGGAAAGUAGGAUGUCUGAAGAUGAUUUCUCAUUUAUUUCACACGUCAUCAGCUGUUGCUAUUUCCACGAUACAAUCACAGAUAAUAAAACUGGAUAUUUUUGGGGUGGUUCAAUUUCGUGCAAAGGGAAACUUCAGAAAGAUAUUAUGAUAGACAUAUUAUGCUGUCAGAGAUGGAACAAGGCUGUUACUUUGGCAGUGUACACAGCUUCAACAUGUGAAAGGCAGGCUAUCAUGCUUCCUCCUAAUCUACAUACAACAGUUUAUGAGAAGGUGCACAACAGAGAUCAUGUGAAAGAUGCGACAAGAAAUGACAUACUUUCUCAUUUUAGAUGGGAAGCUGUAAAUUGUCACUCACAUACUUCCGUAAACAGUAAAAAAUCUUUUUGGAAAUACUAUUUCACUAAAAAAGCACCCUGUCAAAAAUGCCUUUUUAUGUUUCCAGAUAUGAAUUAUGAACAACGACGACAAACAUAUAACAUAAUAUGGAACUAUGGCAAUUGUGCUGAAUGUGACUCUUUGAGCAGUCUUCUCAAUGCCCACAGUGACAUCUUAAAUGGAAUAACCAUUCAUCCACAAAGUGGAUUAACCUCAAAUUCUCAAAAAGGAAUUCAGAUCCCUGAAAUCUCUCUCUUCAUUAAUGUAAUAAAACAAAGACUUAAAUUUAAUCUGAAGUCAUUUCAUAUUAAUCUGGACCGUGAACUUUUAUUCUAUGACCCAACUGAAUUUCAGGCUUCUAGGGAGAAAUCAAAUGCCCUUAGUUUGGUGGACUUGUUUAGUUCCACUGUGGCCAAAGCAAGACAAUUAAGCCAAAUAGUAAAUCCUUUUUGGCAACCACUACUUUCAAAUCCAUUGCCUAUUCUAGUACCUGACUCCAGGUUAUAUUCUCCUUCAGCUCCCAACGUCAAACCAUUGCCUGUUCCAAUUGGCAAUUUCAAUUCAUGCAUUAGUUUGUCUCCACAACCGAACAGUAAUUUGUUGAAGCCCUCGUCAACCAUUCCUGGUACUUUACACCUCCAUCCAUCAGUUCCUUUUCUGUUGCCUACUCCAGUUUUAACACAACAUAAUCCCAGUUUCAAUUACUACAGACUCCAGACUUCACCUUUAUCAUGGCACCAAUCUCCACUUAAGGCCUGCUCUAGUCACAUGUUUAGUUGUCCCACUAAGUCGCCUUACAUUCAUGAUCGCUCACAGUCUUUAAAUCAUAUCAAUGGUCAGCCCCAGACCCAAAUUGGCUUUUAUGGUUUACUCCAAUCUCCAAUUAGAAUCUGCCAUCAAUCCCAGUCCCCAAUUCACAAAAAGCAAAAAUCCCAAUCUGUAAAGUGUUCACCUUCAAUCAAAGGUGCAGGCUCUAAAAUCAAAAAAUAAUUUACAAGACAGAUGAAGAAGCCUCUUUUUGUGCCACCGUACUGUAAAACUGCUUAAGUGAAUUAAAUGUCCUCACCUCAAUUGCUCCUCCUGUUAGACUGCGAAAAUAGAUAUUUUCUGAAAUCUGUCAGCAAACUUUCCAUAAUCCUGAUCCCCCAAUCACAAUCCUUAUACUCCUCAUCAAAAUGAACACUGCUCUCUUGCCAGCAAACGCAGCUUUAAAAUAACAGACUGUACAUAAACUACAAAUACAUGACACGUAGCGUAUAUGAUUUGAGCUCUUUGUGACAAUCUUUUACGUGAAAGAAGCACAAUAUGAACGCAAGUGGCUUUUGUGCACGUGCUGCGCGCGUGUUUUGACAGUUUUCCGCGAAACAGACGGAAUCAAUCCGUGAAGUCGAUGUGCUCUGCAGUUUUUCCUGUGUGCUUUUCAUUCCGUGUUGAAUUGUUUUAAGGUCAUAAAAAACGAUGACAGUAAA